AUGGAGCCUCAAAUCGUCAUUCGUUGGGCAACUCGCGCAGACAUACCCGAUAUCGUCAAAGUCCUCCACGCCAACUUACUGAACUUCGAGCUCCACGACCACUUCAUCCCAGAACGACGACGAUACCAAGAUGACUUUUACAGUUUCCUACUUCGACGCAUUAAGCUCUUCUUCAUCAAGCCCGAGACUCGCUACAUGGUCGCCGAGUCGACAACGCCCGCCACAGACGGUACACAGCAGACCUCCAUUGUCGGAUUCUCAACAUGGGAAGCCCAAGGAAGCGAAAAUCCGCUUGGAAAACAAUGGCGACAGCAACGUUCAGGAUGGGCAGACGCACUUGAGUCUAGUCUCGUGAAUCUGGACUUGAACUACUAUCGUUACUUCUUGAAUCGUAUCGUCGAUUAUCAAGCUUUGGCGAAGAUUACGGAGAGACUUCACGCUCCGUAUGAGAACGAUGACCAAUUACGAAAUUGCUUGCACCUUCAAUUCUUGAUGGUAGAUCCCGCGUGGCAUCGAGGAGGUGGAGUAGGAAAGAGGCUGUUGCGGUGGGGACUGGAUGCUGCCGAUCAAUUUGGCCUGCCGGUUGUGGUGGAGAGCAGUUUGAUGGGGUAUGAGUUCUAUUUGAAGUAUGGGUUUCGUUUGUUUGCGAAGGCUCGUAUUGAUAUUGUGCCUGAGAAGGCGUAUGAUAUGCCGAUUGUGGUGUAUCAUCCUCGGCGGCAGGAUGCCAAGGAUGGUCAAGCAGAGGAGAUUUCUACAUGA